AUGACCCUGUACAUACCUUCCAACGUUCUCGUCACGACCCUCCCGGACCUCCUCUGGGGCCUCGGUCUAGUUCUCGUCGGAGCUUUUGUUCUACGUACCAUCUACUACCUGACCCUUCAUCCCCUAGCGGGAUAUCCAGGCCCGCUGCUCGCAAGCAUCACCGCCAUCACAUCUCUAUGGCACCGCGCCGAUGGGUCCAACCACAGUUGGCCGCUGCUCCUCCACAGAAAGUACGGUCAUAUCGUGCGCAUCGGCCCAAAUGAGCUGAGCUACACCCACCCUGAUGCCUGGCAUGACAUCUAUGCCAAGGCGGGCGGUGGAGGCGACAUACCCAAGGACUUUGUCGGGCUGGGGCCAGACAUGGCAGAGCCCGAGAAGGGUAUCGUGCGGGCUGACGACGCCGACCACAGGCGGCAGCGGCGCAUCUUCUCGCAUGCCUUUUCGGACCGUGCCGUGCUCAGGCAGGAGAGCCUUGUGCAGGGCCAUGUCCGCAACUUGAUGCGCAAGCUGGCCGACAGGAAUGCGGAGCCUGCUUCUUCCUAUGGCUGCGUCGACCUCGUGACCUGGCUGAGCUACCUGGCCUUUGACAUCAUGGGCGACCUCAUGUACGGCGAACCGCUCGGCAUGCUCGACAGCAACGAGUCGGCUCGCCAGUGGGUUCGCGACACAUACUCGACCAUCAAGACGGUCACGCUUGGCAUGGCCAUGAUGGGUUGGCACCCGCCCCUGGGGCCGCUUCUUCUCAAAUGCAUCUGGGGUGGCAGUGGCAAGCGCCGCGCCCAGCAUAACCGCUUCUCCAUGGACCGCGUUGACAAGCGCCUGGACCGCGGUGACAACUCGGGCAGCGAUGUUUGGUCGAUGAUCAUGCAGAACAGCGGCGGCGACAAGCAGCCCGGUGUCACGCGCGCUGAGAUGUACUCCAAUGCCGCGACGUUCAUGAUUGGCGGCACUGAGACCACUACGGCCGCCACUUCGGCCUUGACCUACCUUCUGCUCAUGCAUCCAGCCAAGAUGGUCAAGCUGCGCGCUGAGCUCGACGCCAGCAUAAACGACCCGCAGGCAGACAUGACCUUCAUCAGCCUGCGCAAGCUGCCGUACCUCAAUGCAUGCAUCGAGGAAGCCAUGCGCUUGUAUCCGCCCGCGCCAACGCCCAUGCCGCGCAUGGUGCCCCGCGGGGGACGUAUUAUCUGUGGGCGCUACGUGCCGGCGGGCACGCGCGUUGAUAUCCCGCUGUACGCGAUUGCGCGCCAUCCUGAAAACUUUGCCGAUCCCGAGGAAUUUGUGCCGGAGCGGUGGCUGGACGACAACGACCGGCCUGCCAAGUAUGACGGGGAUCGGAGAGAUUGCGUCAAGGUAUUUUCGGCGGGUCCAAGAGACUGUAUUGGCAAGAACCUUGCGUACCCCGAGAUGAGGCUCAUCAUGGCCAGUCUGUUGUACAAUUUCGAACUUGAGCUGGCCAAACCCGGUUUUGACUGGUUGAACCAGGAUAGUUAUGGGAUCUGGGACAAGCACCCGCUUUGGAUAAAGUUGGUGCUUCGCCAACCUGACCGGGCCCGUUGA